CACUGGAGCGAACUACGCGGACUCUGGAGCUGUAGCAGUGCGACUGUGCCACUGAAGGUGACAACUUUGUUUAUUUUUUUAAUUUUUCAAAUAAAUAACACGGACGCCACACCUGUGUUCGCCGCGAGCUGCGUGGAAUAUAACCCGACACUUCGUCACCACAUUGGACCAUAAAGAAAGGGCUAUUCAACUCCAAGAUGAAACCCAGGCUGGAAGACCAGAAUGGCUGCACGCAUUAAACUGUUGGAAUUCUACUUGCUUUGACAUCUCAAUACAAUAACUAAAAACUCUGAAAGAUAUUCGACUGAACGCCUUCACAAUCCGUGUUCCACUUCUGCUGUCGGAUUGCAAGUAAGAGGCUGCCAUCAUGCCUAUCCUCAAGCCGCUAGUUCACAACUCUAACCAAUCAAAGAGACGGUCUCGAGCUGACCUGACCGCAGAGAUGAUCAGCGCUCCACUGGGGGAUUUCCGCCAUACCAUGCAUGUGGGCAGAGGUGGUGAUGCCUUUGGGGACACUUCGUUUCUCAGCACCCGAUCAGGGGAACCUCCCAGGGAGCCAAGCACAAAGCAGGGCUCACCAGGUCCCAAACCAGGCUUGCUGUCCCGCACAUUCAGAAGCAGCAAGCGCUCGCUGUCAGUAAACCGCGGGGACAAGUUUGAAUACAAUACGAUGGCACCUUCUAGUGGCUCAUCCAACUUUGUGAAAAAUGCCAUAUCCUUACCAUAUCUAAAUGACGAGGAUACUAACAGAAGCAACCAGCUGACAAAGAGUCUUUCUUCCAGCCCCAUGCAGAAGCUGUCAGAGAUUGAAAGUAAGCCAAGUAAUGGAGCAGCAGCGAUGGCGACGCUUGACGCAGAGUUUGAGGAGCGCAAUUUCGGGGAACUCACAGAUCUGCCUCCAUCCAUGCCGAAGGGUGGAGGAAUGAAGCAUGCCGAGUCCAUGAUGUCCUUCCACAUUGACUUGGGACCCUCCAUGCUUGGGGAUAUUUUGAGUGUGAUGGAAAAGAAAGCCUGGGAGGAGGAUGACCUUGGCUAUGAGGAAGGCAAAAGCAGUGAGAGCGGUGCGUCACCCUCGCUCAUACCCCACAUAGAUGAUGAUGUGGAGGAGCAGGCUCCUGCAAGGCCUCCUCGCAGCAUUUACCAGCAGAAGCCCAUGCGGGAUCCCUACACCCCAGAGCUAAAUGCCCGGAACAACCACCACAACCUGGAUAGUUGCUCUGUGUCCAGCUCUGGCUCGGUCACUGAGGAGAAGGUUCAGUAUCACGUCCACGACGGCGACACGGACAGCGCAAAGUACAGUUCACCACGCGGAGAGGAGGACAGAGAGUUCACGUUCAUGGAUGAGGACGAUGAUGAGAUACGAGUGUAGAGAACCCUGUUCUGGCCCAAUAGUGUUUUUCAACGACACUAAUUGUGAGAACCAGAUGUUAGGAGGCCAUCACAAGCUGAGAAAAGCAAAAGCGGGGGGAGAAUUUAGAGGCCUGGCCAUAGCUGUUUUAAGUGUUUUUGUAGAUGAAUCCAAUCCCUGCAAACUUAUCAACAUCAUAAAUGAAACCAAUUAAGCCUUAUUCACUCUGCUGUAGUAAGAAGACAUGAGCUAAAUGCCUGAUGAGAAUGCAGACCGGCUCAUAAAUUUGUACUCUUGACAGGUUUGGCUUUGCUGCAGUUAUGCAACACAAACUCCGAAACUCGUGAUUGGAAAAGUGGCGUUCAAACUUUGUUCGUCUCAAAAGUGCAUUCAUCAGUGAGCCUUUGGUUAUGAGCGUGACAUUCAUUAGUACAAGUAAAGAGUAACCACAAGGUUAGCGAAGUGUACUCUCAGCUGUCAAUCACAUGAAUAUCACAUUUGGAGAGUGACGUGUGAGGUGAACAGAAGGAUGUGCAGGGUCACAAACUGAAUGCGGACGUGUGCUACUAUUCUGAGGAAGGACGAGGGGAAAUGACUAAGUGAAACUCAAAUAAAUGCAUGUUCGUGUGAUUGUGAAAUUUCAUUUGCCAACAGUAAUAUUUUGGCGUAUACACUAAGUCGUGAAAGUGGCGAUAACUUUUUGUUUUUUUACUUAUGACUUCAUUGUGAUUUCUGCAUUAUUUUUACUAUAUUUUAUGUACAUGUAUCUAGACGUUGGUCUGCAGUAGCUCGUUUGAUUUGGGUAGUUUAUCAUUUUGCAGCCGUCUGUUUGGCAAAUUAUUCUUUUAAUUCAGACAGAUGUGGUAUUUAUUCAUUAAUUCUCAUAAGGGAUGGAUCAUUCCUGACGUGCACUACUAUGUCUUAAAAGUUGAUUUUGUACCUUUUCUGACGAGAGUCAUUUCUGACAUGGUACCAUAGAGGGAGCCUGCUGGUUUCUGUGGAAACCGGCAACAUGGCACUUAAUUACUAGACUAAACAUUUAACCUCUGCAAUCUGUCUUAGCAAGACUGUGCUACUUAAUCAUUUUACAAAAGCAUUCAGUCCAAGUGUGUCAGAAUGGAUGCCCUCUGUAUUGCCCUUUAACAUGAAAAGGUGGGGAUUGUGGUAAAUGACGAUAAUGUUUGUGUGUCAUUACAUCUCUUUCCACAUCACUGAAGUUGGUAGCAUUUGCAGGUCAGAAGAGAGAUGGGAGAAAUGUGAGAAAUGUUCGAAAGGGAGUCAGUGCUGUAGAGAAACAGUUGUAUUACGAUUAAUAGUCUUCGCUCCGUCUCAAUCGCUUUAAUGUUGACAUGAGCCCAGGUUUGUCUCCAAGGACAUAGACAGGAUGUAACAGCAUGUACAAAGUGUUAUUAUAGUGCAGCGACUUAAUGGGCGAGCGUCAGAUAUGUCUCGAGGCAGCAAGAAUGAGAGACAUUUCCUGAAGUGAUAACAUACACCUCCUCUGAACAACCCAAAUCGCACAGUAGGAACAGAUUAUUAAAUCAACCGAUCAUCUGGUCUUUCCCAGUCUACUCAUUAAAUGUGUGAGAUUAUUGGCCCCCAACCAGCUGGAACUGUCCCAAGAACAGCGGGGUCAAGAACACACAGGUGGGCUGUUUUUGUUUUCGUACGUUUUUACUCCUGUGUUACUUCCACUUAUAGACUUUGCAGAAAGAGGCGUACAUUCCUUUUCACCUUGGGUUUAAAAAAAAAAAAAAAAGAAAAAAAGUUAUUGCCAUAUUUGUGGUAGCUUUUGAAUUUCCUGUUGUGGCACAUGAGGCAGGGGUGUGUACGUCGAAUCAGAAUGCCAAGCUAUUCUGCGGUAGGCUUUUCGAACCAUGUCUACGUGAAGAGGUUGCAUGAAAUCAAGAGGUGAAAAGCAGCCUGGAAGAUAUAGCCAAGUAUGUGUUAACAUUAUUGGGUGAUAGCAGAAAAGAUGCGUUUUGUUUACGUCUGUGUAGAUGUGCAGUAUCAUUGGAGGGAGUUCUCGUCUAUGUUUUGAUGGGCCAAACUUAUGCUGUCUUACUUCCUUUGGUCCAUUGUGAAAUAUGUGGUUUGUGGAGUAUGUGGGCAGCUACAAUCCUUCACCGGGAAAUGGACACCUUAAAAGGAACAACAAAAUCACUCCUCAUCCAUCGUCAGUGUAAUCAUGUAAAUAUAAUUUUGUGCCAUUGAUGAUUAAAGGAAAGUGUGCUUCUCAGCAGGGAGAAUGUGAGAACUAGAAAAAGGUCUGUGGCUCCAACCUGAAACCACACAUCUGUGACCAGACUGUUUUUGGAAGUUUUUAUAUUGUUCACCUAUUUGGGAUGCCAGAUUUGUGGAGUAAGAAUUUGAAAGCGGUAACCGAUAUGGAAAGAUACUAAAUUCCUCUCAAACACUUUGUGAUUGUCUUCACUCUCUCUGCCAUGGUUUUCAGUGGGGAAAGUCAUUACUACAGAAUAAACCACAUAAAUGAAUUUGCAAAUACUUCCUCCCCAAGGUCUGCC